UAAAGUAAGGAGAAAUGAAAAAAUUUAUUUCCUAAAACCUCCCUUAAAACCCUUCCCCCAUCUGCUGCCCAAAACACCAGUCAGUCCACAACCACAAGGAGGAGAGAUCACCCACAAAAACAAAUACAAUGGUGCUCUCACUCUCACGUACUCGUCUUCUUCUUCUUCUUCCAAAACCAGCGCUUCAGCUUCAUUUCCGCAAGAUGGGGCUUCCCAUAUCACAGAGAUGGUGUUCAUCUAAGCCUUCGUUCAGGAUAGAGACCGAGCAGUCUUUGGACUCAAAGAAAGUUGAGCAGAGGGCAGUGGCUACAAAACCAGAAAUGAAGAAAUAUAUGGAAUUGAAUCCAGGGCACCUUCCAGAAGCAACACAACUUCGUAACAAAGUGGGGGGAGUGUGGAACACUCUGAAGGGCAUUUUUACUAAUAUAAAGGAAAAGAUGCUAGGGAAUUCUCAUCAGAAUCAAAUCACCAGUGAGACAUCAGAUUCUGCAUCUAAUAGGAGAGCAUCUGAGAUUAUCACUUCACAGAACAAAUCACAAAAUACUGAAUUUGGUGAGCCCAAAAGUGAACUUCAGACUUUUGAAGCUGUAGAGGGUUCUAACAGUACCAAGGAGAGUCUUUCAACAAGUGUAGAAUCUCAUUUAAUUGGAGAAAGCUCUUCCAGGGAUGUAGUUGAUGCAACGGCUUCUGAGCUCACCAAGACAAGUACUUGUCCAAAUAGAAGUUAUAGAACUGAACAUGGCAACCCUGAAAAUAUAGGUAAAUCAUCAGGAGCCAAUUUAUAUCCUCUUGUUACUGAGAAGAAAACUCUGACAAGUGGGCCAUCACAUAUGAUGAGUGAAAUUUAUUCGGAGGAAUUGGUCAAAAUGACAGAUCUUGAGGUAAGUAAGGUGCAUACUAGACCAGAUAAUAUUAGAUACAGUGAGACAGAAAAUGUUGUUCAAUCGUCAGAAUCAUUUGUAGAUUCUCACAGUUAUGAGAAAAUUAAUUCAGGAAAUGCAGGUUCCCAUAAGAUGAGGGAAAUCUCUUCAGAGGAUCAACCCAAAGUCAAGCUUGAAAAUGAGCACAGGCUGCGUGAGGAAGCGAUGUCAGGCAUUGUUGGGGUUUUGGAUAGAAAUCAAAAGGCAGAGGUUGGGCACUUAAUUUACUCAAUGCAUCAAUUACCCGGUGAAGCUUCUAAAGAUGGUGCAGAUGAAGUGCAUCAACUUAAUAAGAAAAUUGCAAAUUUAGUUCAAAAAAUGAUGGCGGACUCUGGUGUGGGUAAAGUUCCCACUUCAUCUAAUGGUGCCCAAAAGAUCAAAGGUUUGGCAGACCUGUAUAGGACAAAGAAUGAUCGAUCUAGAGAAAUUCCUUGUAAACAGAGUAACUCUUUAAAACCCGGUACAUUUUUAAAAGAUUUGGGUGAAACUCCUGGGGAAAAUAUUGCAGAAGAUUAUGAUAUUAGAGAUCUAAUUUACUGCAUUAAGGAGCUGCCUAGCGAAAAAUCACCUGCUAUAUCUCAUAAUAGUUCUAGCUGUACUGAUUCUAAACAAGUCAGGAUGGGAGGCUCAGUUGAAAGGGCCCAACCCCAGGCUAAUAUGCAAGACACUGAUGCCAAUAGAGGACAAGCUUCAUUGAUAACCCAUUCUAUGGGCAAGGAAAGUAACAAGUUGAGUGGAAGGCCUAGUACAGGAUUUCCAUUCAUGGCAUGUGCUGAGUUGAAUGAGAAUGAGCAGGAUAACAGUUCAGAUUUUGCAGCCUCUGAUUACAUAAAGCCAGUCACACAGGUUCCUAUUCCAGCUAAAGAAGACCUAGAUAACUUUCUGAUUACAGACUUCACAAAAGAAGAAUCUGCAGAAAACAAAGUAUUGGUUAGAUUUCUGUUCAGAAAUACACAGGACAGUGAUAUAAUUUCUGCAUUUAAGGAUUGUGGGCCCAUUGUGAAGAUACAACAUAUUUCCUCUGUUAAAGGAAGCAUUUUCAAAGAUGUCUAUGUGCAUUUUAAGAAAAGGGAAGGAUUGCAAAAGGCUCUCAAGAAAACUGAUCUGAUUGUAAGACGUGCAGAUGUUGUUGUGAAAGCAGCUUCUCCAGUGGAUGAUGCCCCUAGUAGGAUUUUAGUUCCUGAGCUAAUUGGUGAUCCUGAUGUUCCUGCUGCAUUAGUUAAGAAUCCCACCAGAACAGUGAAAAUUGAACAACUGACUCAUGAUAUAAGCUCAGAUCAGCUGCAAGAAGCUCUUGCUUUCUGUGGGAGUGGCAUAUCCAGCUUUUACUUGGGUUCCUCUAGUUGUGUUGCUUAUGUGGAAUUUGAGACAGAAGAUUCCAAAGAGAGAGCAAUUGCAAAACAUUCCAUAUAUAUUUCUGGGAAGCAGCUCUUGAUCUUUAGAAUUGAUGCACCAAGAACGACAGUUGUACGUGUUUCAAACAUUAAUAGCCUACAAGGGAAAAUCCAUGACAUAUGCAGUUCUUUUGGAGAGGUCAAAGCAAUAGUCAUGAGAUAUGCAGGCACAGGGGAUGUGCAUUUCAAGCUGUGUGAAUGGCCUAAUAUGUUACACAUUCUCAAUAGUUUGAAUGGAAUGGAAGUAGAUGGUCACCGGUUGCUUGCUCGGCCCGCUCCUGUAUUUCCACCUAAAAUCCUCCAAGCCCUUUGGAGUCAGCCAAAUGAAAGAAGACAUAUUCUAGCUGUUAUGACUGCAAUGCGUUGGAGAUCCAAUAGACAUGAUGAACUAUGAAUGAUUAAUCAUUUCAAAUUAUGAUCUAGUUAAGGUGGCUGUGUUUAAAAAAACAGAACUUUUUUCUUGCCCAUUAAAAUUGUUCCUCCUUAAUUGAGAUUUACAUAUGGCAGAUUAAUGUUAACUCAUCACACAGAUACUUUUGCAAGUCA